GCAGUUUCCUGUUGGGCAUAGCGCGCGAGAAAGUCUGGCUCGUCUGGCUGUAAACAGCGCUGAAACGUGAGGUUUCGGCGGGUUUCGGCCACUCGUUGUUUCCGUCUUUUUGGUGCCAGGCGGCCCAGAAAUGUCGAAGAGGUUUCAUAAUGGUGUUGAUUACGACUCGGAUGAAGAAAUUGUCUCAUCCACAACCAAGAGGCCCAAAAAUGGCAUCCUGGAAUGCUCGCAGAGCCUUUCACAGACCCUGGCACAGCCGGAUCGUGUCGUGGGCAUCAUUGAGUCGGUCCACUUGAAGAACUUCAUGUGUCACAGCAAGUUAGAUUUCAAGUUCUCGGAGCAGACGAACUUCAUCAUUGGCAGGAACGGAAGUGGGAAAAGUGCAAUUCUCACAUCCCUAAUCAUCGGCCUUGGAGGAAAGGCAAACACUGCUUCGCGUGGGACCAGCGUCAAAAGCCUCGUGGAAACAGGGAAACGCGCGGCAGAGGUGACAAUCAAGCUUCAGAAUAAGGGCCCCGAGGCUUUCAAGCACGACGAGUAUGGAGACUCCAUAUCAAUCACCAGGAGGUUAACUGCCGACGGCUCGUCACACUACAAGAUCAAAUCCUGCAACGGUGCCGUGAUCUCGAGCAAGAGGGAGGAGCUGACUCGCAUUAUAGACCACUUCAACAUCCAGAUCGACAAUCCUGUCAUGAUCUUGAAUCAAGAAACGAGCCGGAAUUUCCUCCAGAGCAAGAGCGCCCGGGACAAGUACAACUUCUUCAUGAAGGCCACACAGCUUGAAAAGCUCAAGUCUAUGUACACCAAGAUUGACGAAGAAAGGGCGGCGACAGACCGUGACCUGUCUCUGAAAGAAAAGCUGCUGCCAGAGCUGGAACGGGAGGUGAAGCGGCUCGAAAAGCUGUGGCGGGCAUUUGAGAACCUGGAGGACCAAAGGGUCAAGCUGCAGCGGCUGAAAGCCGAGGUGCUUUGGGCCAAGGUCAAGGAAAAAGAAGAUGUGAUGCUGCAGACCGAAGCCGCGUGCCAGAAGGAAGGCAGGGCACUCUCAAGGCUGGAGGAGAAGAUUGCAGAAGUGGAUAACAAAAUCGAAACACACACCAAGCUGCAACAGGAUCUUCAGGCCGAGCUGAACGAGGCUCUCGAGCGCGUCCAGGCUGUACAGCCGGCCAUGAUGUCCGGUCGCAAGGAGUACACCAUCAAGAAGGAACAGCUGCGCGAGAAGGAGCAGGCGAUGGCGCGCGUCGAUCGCGAGCUGACGGCGAAGCGCAAGGAAGCCGAGGUCGUGAAGAGCCGGAUAGACGAGCUGUGCGCGUUCGAUCACGGAAAGCAAGCCGAGGAAAGGGCGCAGCGUGAGGCACAGAUCAGGGAUCUGGAGACCAGGAAGGGAGAGCUGCGGUCGCGUCUUCGCACCUCCGAGCACCACUGCGAGCAAGUCAAAUCGUCGGUGGACGAGUGCUCCGCAAAACUGAAUGCCAUCAAAGGCGAGCAGCGUGAACUGAACGACAACAUCCGGUUCCUAUCCAACUCCAUCCAGAACUUGGAGGCCAGCAAAAAGAACAGCCUACAGCGCUUUGGCCGUCACGUGCCCACGUUGCUGCGUGAAAUAGAUAUUGCCGUGUCCAAGGGAAGGUUCAAGAAACGCCCCAAGGGACCUCUGGGAUCGCUAAUAAAGCUGAAGGAUCAGCGCUGGGACCUGGCCACGGAGUGCUGUCUUGGAGGUGUCUUGUUUGCUUUCUUGGUGGACAACGACCAGGAUGCCAAGACCCUGCGGCAGAUCAUGUCGAAAGUCAUGGGCGCCGAGCGCAAGCCAUCCAUCAUCACUAGUUCCUUCAUGGGAACAGUUUACAACUACAAGCCCAAAGCGAUGCGCUCGUCAAGGUAUCCCAACCUUUUGGAUAAUCUCGAAAUUGAAGAUCCCGACGUGAUCAACUGCCUCAUCGAUCAGAGGAUGCUGGAGAAGAUUGCGCUCAUCGACACCAACCACGAGGCACGAAACGUGAUGAUGAACGCUUCCGCAGUCCCGCCAAAUUGCUCGGAGGCCUUCACGGCACUGGGCGAUCAGUUGUUCCCGGCACCCGACUUCCGUUACUACUCGUCAUCCAAGCAGCGGGCUGAAUUGCUCAAAGAAAACGUGGACGACCAGAUUCGGGAAAAGAAAUCCGAGCUUGCCGACAUGGAGAGGAGGUUGAAAGAAGUGGAGGCCGUUUAUGCCGACAGUCGGGCCGAAUUGCAGCAGAGUCAGAAGGAGGCUCACCGCCUGACCGCCCAGCUGGACUCGCUAAGGCGCGAAGAGGUCAAACUGUGUUCCCAGAUUCGAGAGUUGGCGACAGUCGAGGAACCAGAGCCAACGAAUGUUUCCAUGCUGGAAGAAGUACUGCAAAAAUUGGAAGGCGAGAUAAGUGGCGUUCAGGAAGAGCUGACGGCUCUAAAGGAACAGCAGAUAGAACUUCGCGCGACAUUGAAGGCAGAGGCAGCGAAGCUUCGAGAAAUCGAGGAAGGCCGCACCGAGCUGCUCAAAGAGAGCAACGACAUCAAGACAAAGUUGCUCGACGCGGACGCGCAGUUGCAGAAGGAUAAAAGCCAGAUGCAAGGCCUCAAAGAACAGAAGAAAGCCGUCGAACAGAGUCAGUCGGCCUCGGAAAGACAGCUGAAGGCCUUCAGCCAACAACUUCAUGAACUGACAGAGAAGGCGCUCGAAGUUUCAUCCGAGCGGAUCUCGUCUCGUAGGAAACCGGCUGCCAUUGCGGCCGAAAUCGAAGCUCUCGAGAGCCAGUUGCAAGUAGAAGAAAAGAGGAACGGCGACAAGGAUGAGAUAGCCGAACAGUACAAGUCAUCCCUGGCGAAGUACACAAAGAUCAAAGACAGGGUUCAGGAGCUGCGAACAUUUGUGUCGGAACUCAGGGAUAUGAUAGUUGCACGACAUGAUAAGUACGUGUCCUUGUGCCACCAGACGACAAUGCGGCUGCGCCUCAUCUUUGGGACAACGCUGCUGCAACAAAACUUUAGAGGGACCCUGGAAAUUGAUCACGAUAAGCAGCACCUUCAGAUCAGGGUGGAGCCCAAAGAAGGGGUGAGCGGCAGCAAGGCUCGCCAGGACCUGAAGGCUCUGUCGGGCGGUGAGCGCUCCUUCUCCACCGUCUGCUUCGUGCUGGCCCUGUGGGAAGCCAUGGAGUGUCCUUUUCGCAUCAUGGAUGAGUUCGACAUCUUCAUGGACAUGGGGAAGAGGCGGGUGAGCCUGGAGAUGAUUCUCGAGAUGACGAGGCGAAAAUCUGCGAACCAGUUUGUGUUCCUGACGCCGCUCGAGUUGCCUGCCAUCGACGCCCUCCACCAUGUGAACAUCAUGAUAAUGCCGGAGCCAAGCCGCAAGCGCCCGGCUGUGACGGCAGCCCGAAACGAUGAUGAUGAUGAUUAGGCGCAGUGAUACCUGUG